AGCAGGCGCUGCGCGUCGCGUGCGGCCUUUCUCUCCUGCGGCGCCAUGGGGGCGGGGCGCCGGCGGCUCCGUGGCCGCUGCGCCGCCGGCGUGGGGGCCGCCCUGUGCGCCGCGGGGGUGGCAGCGCUCGCACAGCGGAGCCUCCGCCCGGGCCGCCCUUUCGCCGGGCCGUGCAGAGGCCUGCGCCCAGCCGCGCGCGAGCUCCGCCAGGUCGAGGCUCCGCUCAGAGGCGCCGCCCCGCUCCGCGCGGCGCUGCCGGUGUCCGCGGCUCCGCGUCCGGAGGGCGGCGGGGCGGCGCCGGCCGAGGGGUGA